CCCAUCUCCGUCUCCAUCCCCAUCUCCAUUCUCCACCUCCCUCGCCGCAAACUGCGCCUUUGCUAAUUUAUAAGCCUCCUCUGGAAUAACUCGUAACUGUGAUGAAUGGUUGUACCUUGCGGAUACUAGCAAAAAGACUUCCCACUGUCUCUGUUCCUUCCUCAGCGACACUGAUAGACUUUGGUAAUCCACGGCAAGCGCUUCAAUAAAGACAGACCGACACUUGAUUAAAACGGAAGCAAACGGGGGUUGAAGGCAACUCUACCCCAGCAGCCAAUCUGGACAACGCAUUCUCUCCUCAUCUCUCCUGGGGGACGAGAUUUCCCCCUACUAGAGUCAGCAAUAUGAGUCUCAACGAGAGUACACUAUCAUCGCUCUUCGCACCCGGCCCGCCGCCGAAACGCAAGAGAAUGUCGCAUCUGGAGUCGCUCAUCGACAACUCACAGCAACAGGUUUCCGUGAUCAAGGACACGCGAGUAGUACCAUCACAAGCAGUACGCCUCAACUCCGGAAUGAUCAAAGUGCAAGUAGGCCCCGCAAUGGAUUCAGAGGACCUGCAAUCCACCCGUGAGACCUUCUACGUUCACGAGAGCGCCAUAUGCGAUGCAUCGCCCUACUUCGCCAACGCCAUGAAGCCCGAAUGGUCAAACCUGCGACCGGACCCCCGCACCAUCGAACUCCCAGAGGACGACCCAGCCGCCUUCGAACUCUACAUGUCGUUCCUCUACGCCAAGCAACUUCCCAUCCUUUCGGUUCCCUCUGAGGCGGCUACCACCGCAGCAGCCAAUUCAUCCUGGGAGCCUGAAUCCGACGGCUAUCACACCCUCGCCUACGCCUACGUCCUGGGUGACCGCCUUUUGGACAUCAAGUUCAAGAACGCCAUUGUCGAUGCUUACGUCCUGUACGCCCGCGGAACACAGCCCGCUAAACGGUACUAUCCCAGCACAGAGGAGAUCCGCAUCUUGUACGAGGGGACGAGGGAGGAGGCGCCUAUCCGGCAGUUGCUGGUCGAUAUCUGGACCGCGAGGGGAAAGAGCGAUUGGCUCGAGGCGGAUGCGGAUCUGCCCCGUGAGUUCCUUGCGCAGGUCACGAAGGGUUUGCUCAAGUCAAGGGAGAAGGCGACUGGUAUCGGGGCCGCGGAGGGGUUGAGCAGGCCGUGGAAGUUGAGUCAUGAGCAGUAUCACGAGAAGUGAAGAGUCGUGAUGCUAAGGCAACGACGGUGGCGGUUUCUUUUUCUUUCUAAUUGGGGGGGAGGUGUUAAUUCGGGCAUUUUCUUUAGCGGUGAGGUCUGGGCUCUGGAGUACAUACAUUAAGCAAGCACUAUUAUAGACGGAUCAUAUCCUGGGUAAGAAGGAACUCUUCGGGAAGGAGCACGGAGUCAUAAUGACGACGAUGAUGCAUAUUAGCCAGCACGAAUCAAGUUACGGAUCUUCAAUGAAUCAUAGACAAUGUUC